CACACACAGACAGAGUCACUGUUCCAUAUUCACUUUCUCAUACCCUUUGAUCUAUAAAGCAUCAAAGCAAAUACUCUCUCCAUUCCAUUACUACACUCCUAUUAACAACUACUCCAUAUAAUCCCUCUCUCAUUUUCCCACUCUUUAAUUUAUAAAAAAAAUGGACCAAGUACAGCCAAUGUACAGGCAACCACCACCAGAAACACCAAAAGAACCCAUGGAAUUUCUGUCACGUUCUUGGAGUGUCUCUGCUUUUGAAGUUUCUAAAGCUUUAACUCCUCCAAAAUCACUUAAUAUUACUAGUGCUGCCCCUUCUUCUUCUUCUUGUUAUAAUAUUGGGAGUGGUAGUGGAACUAUACCUGAAGAAGAUAUUGCUGGAGUCUUUGAUGAAUCUAAUGCUUUUACGGGCAACCCUUUUUCUUUUGCUUCUUCUGAAACUUCUCAACUUAUUAUGGAACGUAUUAUGUCUGUUUCUCAGGAUGUUUCACCACGCACAUCUGGACGGCUAUCUCAUAGUAGUGGACCUUUAAAUGGUGGUUCUCUUACAGACAGUCCUCCAGUUUCCCCUUCAGAAAUGGAUGAUAAUAAGAACUGUCGUCUGAACAACGUGCCAGUCAAUAACCAGUACAGGAGCAAUGCUACUGCUACCAGCUCGGCUGUCACUGGCGGCGGAGGUGCAGGUGGUGGCGGGAAGACGGUUGGUAGGUGGUUGAAAGAUAGAAAAGAGAAGAAGAAAGAGGAGAUGAGGGCACAAAACGCACAACUCCAUGCUGCUGUGUCUGUCGCAGGAGUUGCUGCUGCUGUUGCAGCGAUUGCUGCAGCAACUGCAGCCUCGUCCGGUAACGGAAAGGACAAAACUGAUAUGGCUGUGGCUUCUGCUGCCACCUUGGUAGCAGCACAGUGUGUUGAAGCUGCUGAGGCUAUGGGAGCUGAGCGCGAACACCUUGCAUCAGUCGUUAGUUCUGCCGUGAACGUUCGUUCAGCAGGGGAUAUUAUGACAUUAACUGCCGCUGCAGCUACUGCUCUACGUGGUGCGGCUACAUUAAAGGCUAGAACAUUGAAGGAAGUAUGGAACAUAGCAGCUGUAAUUCCUGUAGAUAAAGGGAUAGGAAGUGGCAAUGGUGGUGGUAGCAAUGGUAGUUCAAGUGGAGAGCUAAUCCCCGAAGAGAAUUUUCUUGGAAUUUGCAGCAGGGAAUUGCUUGCUAGAGGUGGUGAGCUACUAAAGCGUACUCGUCAAGGAGAGCUUCACUGGAAGAUAGUGUCUGUAUAUAUAAAUAGGCUGGGUCAGGUGAUACUGAAAAUGAAGAGUAGGCACGUUGCUGGGACCAUUACAAAAAAGAAAAAGAAUAUAGUGCUGGAAGUGUUGAAGGAUAUUCCGGCUUGGCCGGGGCGCCACUUGCUCCCGGACAGUGACAACUUUCGAUACUUUGCGUUGAAGACUGUUUUACGAGGGGUCGUUGAAUUCGAGUGUCGAGACCAGAGGGAGUAUGAUCUAUGGACUCAGGGUGUUUCAAGGCUGCUAAGUAUUGCUGCAGAAAGAAAUAGCAGACAUGUGUUUUGAAUUUCUUUUAAGGGGGUGGUAGAAACUUGCAUAAUUAGUAAGUUUGAUUUAGUAGGGGGUUAUGUUUUUGCCCCUUUUGAUGGAUUUUUAGACUAACCAAAUGCUAUGAUAUUGGGUGGGGUGUACUUGUGCUUUUUAUUUGUUGAACUGUUUCUAUUGUAAAAAUGAAAUUAAAGUAUAAGUUAUCCAAAUGGGGUCUACUA